UAGCUAGCUAGACAUUUUACCACGGGCUUGGUUGGCAUGUGGGUCGGGAACCUUACUUAACGAAUUUUGUUUUCCCUUUUUAUCGAUGCCUAUUUCUAUGAAUUUUCUUUACUUUUAGCGUGCUUUUAUUUUAGCCAUAUUUUUGUGAGUGAUUUCCACGCCAUGAUGUCCAAUUUGGUGUUAUUUCUAUUGAUUAUGUUUAUUUGUAACGGGACUGCUAAAAAGCUUAAAGAUGAAGAGAAACCGGCUUGGGCCAAAAAAGAUAUUAGGGACUAUUCUGAUGCUGACUUGGAAAGGCUAUUUGAUCAAUGGGAAGAAGAUGAGGAACCAUUGCCGGAUGAUGAACUGCCUGAACACAUGCGGAAACCCCCAACUUUGGAUUUGAAGAAUAUGGAUAUGUCAAACCCGGAAUCAGUUUUACAAGCCACAAAAAAAGGUCAAACUUUAAUGAUGUUUGUUACUGUUGCCAACAAACCAUCCCAAGCACGUACAGAGGAAUUGACCAAGAUAUGGCAAACUGCUCUUUGGAGUAACCAUAUACAGGCUGAAAGGUACCUUAUAGAUGAUGACAGAGCUAUCUUCAUGUUUAAAGAUGGUUCACAAGCAUGGACAGCCAAAGAAUUCCUUCUAGAUCAAGAAGAACUUAAAGAUGUGCAGUUAGAGAGUCAGACAUACACAGGAAAGUAUGCAGAUGUACGGAAUAAAGCUGUACGAGAUGAAUUAUAACAAUUUUCACCUCGUAAAUAAACAUAUUAUUUCCAUUCCUAUGAUUUUUUGAAGAGUUCCAAGAUGAAAUAACAGUUUUACAAAUUAUGAAUGAAUAAAAAAGUUACAUAAAAAUAUAUAAUAGACCUAUAAGAAGACUUUGAUAAUAUUUCAUAUUAUUUUUCUCAUAGAUUAUAAGAAAAUAAAAUAUUAUUUUGUA